AUGGCUCUUACACCGGACGAACUGGCGCGGGCUGGCAUUACAGCCGUGUUAAUACUCCUGGUUUCAUGCGUUUGGGUCGCAUUCAAGCGGCUCUACUGGCAUCCUCUAUCGAGCAUCCCCGGCCCAGCGCUCGCGGGACUGACUGGCUGGUGGGAGUUCUACUACGAUGUCGUUGAUAACGGGACGCUGGUGAAGAAUCUUCCCCGACUUCAUCGAGAAUACAGAUCCCCCGUCAUCCGCAUCUCGCCGAACCAUGUCCAUGUCAACGAUCCGGAGUUCUACCACGUUGUCUAUCGCGCCGGAACAGACUACGGCAAAGCGCCGCACUUCUACAAAGCCCUCAUCUACCCCGAAGCCCUGAUCGCGAUCAUGGAUGCAAAGAGGCAUCGCGUCUACCGGAACACCAUCGCCCCGUUGUUCUCGCCCGCAGCAAUCGACCUUUGUGCACCGCGGAUCAAAGACGUUGUUCUGAAGGCCGCCGCGAAGCUUGAUGAUGGGCUCAGGAGCGGAAAUCCGGUCAAUGCUGAGCGUCUAUUUCGCGCUGUCUCGGUUGAUGUCAUUUAUGUGACACUGUUCGGGCAACCGGAUGAGUUUGUGCAGGACUAUGAGCAUGACCAUGGGUUGAUUAUUAGUAUGGAUAAGAUUACGCAUGGGAUGUGGCUUGCUAAACAUUUUCCCAUCAUCAAUGACGUCGCGCCAUAUCUGCCACCGGCAUUAACCUCGUCCAAACUCUCUGGCUACGCGCAGUUCCGAAAGCAAUGCGAGGCCUGGGUUGAAGGAGUCCAGCAGCGCCGAGAAAAGGGCCAACUGACAACCGCCGACGGCCUCACCACUAUCUUCGAUGCCAUGCUACAACCCAGCGAGGAACGAGGAUAUAAAGCCAGGACCCCGAAAGAGCUCAUCGAUGAAGCUGCUCUCUUUAUCCUGGCCGGCAGCGAUACCUCGGCCUACUCGCUUACGAAUGCCACCUACUAUCUGCUCACAAACCCAAGGGUGCUCGACAGACUGAGAACAGAGUUGGAUGCCGCAGAGGCAUUUAUUCGGGACUGUGACUGGGAUGAAAUGGCCGUCGUCAAAGAGACCCUGAGAUUAGCGACGCCCGUCCCAGGAAUCACGCCGAGGAUCGUCCCCGAGCCGGGGGUUACAGUGCAGGGUCAUUUUCUGCCUGCUGGAACUAUUGUUUCUAUUACCCACCGAACCAUCCAUGACAACCCUGGCCUCUUCGAAGACCCGACCAAGUUUAUACCCGAGCGGUGGCUAGGCGAGGAGGGCAAAGCCCUGGAUCGAUGGCUCGUUGCGUUUAGUAAAGGCUCGCGGCAGUGUGUUGGAAGCCCACUAGCAUAUCAGGAGCUUGCUCUCACAAUCUCGCACCUCUUCAGCCGGUUUGAUCUGGAACUAUAUGAAACGGACGAAAAGAGCAUGGAAUGGGUGGAUCAUGUUGUUGCCGUCAACAAGGAGCCGGUGAAGGUGAAGGUGAUACGGGAUCGAUGGGCUUAG